AUGGAUCACAACUUUGAGAUGCAGCAGCAUGGAGCCCCCAGCCCUGGAACGUCCGUCUCCCGCAGCCACCUGCUGGGACGCCCUGCCCGCUCCUCAAGGCUCCCUGGAGGGGCGUCACCCCUCAUCCCUGUCCUCAGAAAAACCAUCCAUCUGGAUGCCUUCCCUCAAAGCCACAUCCCACAGGCCUCCGGCCGACUGGGUCUCGGAGCCAGGGCCCGCAGUGUGCCCCCGCUGGAGACGGCACCCCGGAAGCUCAGCUCCAUCUCUUUAACACUCCGUCAGAACAGCCAGCCAUGGCCCGUGCACCCCUCGCCUUCUCACUGGGAAGAGCUGCCCACUCCAGGCAGGGAGGCUGCCACCCAUGGAGGAGGGAGGCCGCCAACCCCAGGCUCGCGAUCUGUUUCCCUAGUGCCAGGGGGCAGAGUUCACUCUGAGGGCCCAGGGAACCCAGGAUUGGCCAAACCCAGCAGAAUGGCCACAGUGGAGAGGCCCCUGGUGAGCUCCUACCUGGCUCUGCCAUUUCAAUCGCGGUUAGUCCAGAAAUCGCCAGGCCCUGCAGGGCCAGGCUCAAUAGGUCAGAAACCCCCUGUCCCAGUGACUGCCCACGUGACUGCCAGGACUCCUCCAGGAAGAGGCAAGCCCCGGUUCCGGAGUAUCCCGAGACCGCGGCUGCAUCUCCCAAGGGCCACCUCCACCAUGGGUCUUGCGACAGCCAUGGAUUUGGCUCCUCUGGACACAACCAGGCCAGGCACAGCCAGACCUGUAGCUACAAUGGCCACCAACAGACCUGGCUUGACCAUCAGUCCGGCCACAUCAAGCACAUCCACGCUGGAUAUAGGCACAGAGUUCCCUGCUCUGGAUACCAAGCCGGGCACAGCCAUGGACUUGGGUACAGGAGGCACAACCAAGUUGGGCAUGGUCAUGGAUUUGGUAACCCCAGACCCAGAGAUGCUGGGCAAAGCCCUAGCUACAGCAGGCACAGCCCAGUCAGAUACAACCAAAGGGGGUAGAGCCAUGGAUUUGGUGGGACCAGACUCAGCCAAGCUGGGCACCACCAGGACAGACGUAGCCAUGGCUUUGGCUAGAGCAAACACAGCCGAGCUAGACAUAACUACGGAUUCUUUUGCUUUGGACACAAGCAAGCUGGGCACAGCCAUGGGGGAGACCACCCUGGAUAGAGUCAUUAACCUGACCACAUCAGCCACCCACCCACUGAUGCCAAGCAGAAGCACAGAGCCAGCCCUGGACCAUGCUACUGUGGAUGCUGUGACAGACGGGGCCGCAGAGCCCACCGUGCAGGACCUUGCCAGAGAAACCAAAGGGCUCCCAGAGGCCAGGACGGACGCAGCCAUGUCAGAGCUGGUGCCUGAGCCCAGGCCUAAGCCGGCAGUGCCCAUGAAGCCCGUCAGCAUCAACUCGACCCUGCUGGGCUACAUCGGCAUCGACACCAUCAUCGAGCAGAUGCGCAAGAAGACCAUGAAGACUGGUUUCGACUUCAACAUCAUGGUGGUCGGUCAGAGCGGACUGGGCAAGUCAACGCUGGUCAACACGCUCUUCAAAUCCCAGGUGAGCCGCAAGGCCUCCAGCUGGAACCGAGAGGAGAAGAUUCCCAAGACUGUGGAGAUCAAAGCUAUUGGGCACGUGAUAGAGGAAGGCGGGGUCAAAAUGAAACUGACGGUCAUCGACACCCCGGGCUUUGGAGACCAGAUCAACAAUGAAAACUGCUGGGAGCCCAUCGAGAAGUACAUCAAUGAACAGUAUGAGAAGUUCCUGAAGGAGGAGGUCAACAUUGCCAGGAAGAAACGCAUCCCUGACACCCGUGUCCACUGCUGCCUCUACUUCAUCUCGCCCACGGGACACUCCUUGCGACCUCUCGAUCUGGAGUUCAUGAAACACCUCAGCAAAGUUGUGAACAUCAUCCCUGUCAUUGCUAAGGCUGACACCAUGACCCUGGAGGAGAAGUCUGAAUUCAAGCAAAGGGUUCGAAAGGAGCUUGAAGUAAAUGGCAUUGAGUUCUACCCACAGAAGGAAUUUGAUGAGGAUUUGGAGGACAAGACGGAGAACGACAAAAUCCGGCAGGAGAGCAUGCCUUUCGCGGUGGUGGGCAGCGACAAGGAGUACCAGGUGAACGGCAAGCGGGUCCUCGGCCGGAAAACCCCCUGGGGGAUCAUCGAAGUGGAAAACCUCAACCACUGUGAGUUUGCCCUGCUUCGAGACUUUGUCAUCAGGACCCACCUCCAGGACCUCAAGGAAGUGACACACAACAUCCACUAUGAGACCUACAGGGCCAAGCGGCUCAAUGACAAUGGAGGCCUCCCUCCGGGAGAAGGCCUCCUGGGCACUGUCCUUCCACCCGUGCCAGCCACCCCCUGCCCCACUGCUGAAUGAAGGCCAUUUCAAGUGCUGCUUCUCCCUCCAUCCCUCCCAGCUGUUAUUGCUGCCGGGCCGUGGCCUUUUUAGUGCUGUGCUUGCCCAGCCCACCACCACAGCCCCCCCCAGCUCUCAGCAGGUCGGAGGGGCCAAGCUGCCUCUUUAGGACAGUUGCUUCCUCCAUUUAUCCAAACCACCCCUCUCCUCCCAGUGGAAUGGAGCUCUCGCCAGCACUGCCCUCCUCCAUCGUCUGUGUCAGCCGGUCCCAGCCCAUCCAUAGGGUGAAAGAACUCAUCAGGAGCUCCUUCUGCCCUUGCAAACCCAUACCAGCUACUUGUCACCAUCUUCAAGGGCAAUGGCAUUGCUCUCUGCCCAUUCAUCUGCAUGAGCUCCUCUUGGCUUCCUUCAAGGGUCAAGGAAGCGACUUUUCUGCUUGUCAGGCUUUGUUGAUGUCAGCUGUGUGAGCCCCAAUGUGGGACAAGGGUGUCUCCUUCAUUGCUUAAAGCUUAUUUAUAACGAUGGAUCACUACGGAUGUGGGGGAGCAAGGGCUAGGGUCACUUUAAAAACAAAAUCACCACUUGUGGCUGGCCCAGAGUGCAGUUUCUCUCUCUCACACACACACACACACACACACACACACACACCCCUUUACCCCCAUAAUGCAGCCACUUAGGAGGAGUGGUUUUCCUGAAGAGACAUUUCUGGUAUUGACUUCCUCAUCCUCAAACUUAAAAAAAGAACUUAACAGACACAAACUCCAGAACCCCACGGGACGGGAACUCUAGGGAGAAAAAAAAGCACCCUUCUGUCCACCUAGCAAUAAGAGGGAUCUCUUCCCACCUACCCUGACCAUUCCUGUCCCCACCUCCACCCUGUUAAUGUGAGUAAUUAAUUAGCCUGGCCACAGUUGGUCACUGUAGGCUAGUGGAAAAUGCCCACUGUGGGGGGAAAGCCCCCCAUCAGAUGCAUGAAUGUUUGCGAAUGUUGGCUGCCACUGCCCCACAUACUGUGUCUUUAUGGGAUCCUCCCCCUGCCCACCCACCCCUACCCUCUCCACCUGGACACUACUUUCUCAAAGGCUGGUGACUUGCGGGCCAUUCAUCUACAACUAAGUCCUGAUGGAGCAAGAGGCCCAAGCCUAGGGGAUGCAAGAACGACCCAUUUCUUAAAUGUUACCAGUCCCAGCCAACUUUUGGUGACAUUAUGGUUAAAUUCCCCAAUUGAAAACAAGCCAACAGACACUCAAACUGGUUGUGUACAAGUUGCUAGACUUUAUGUGUUGUACAACUAAACAUUGCUGUUUGAACAAUAA